UAAAAGCUUAGCACAAUGUUGCUUAAAUCAUUAUUGUUAUUGUGCUGCCUGGUCCUUAUCAAAGGAGCCGAAGUGCCUGAAGAAGAAGAAAAUCCUGCGCCAAUUUUGCAGUUUCUUAAUGACGAUCAAAUAGCAACAUUUUUGUCGGAAAUUCCUGACGCUAUCAAGUUAAGCCCUGAAGUCACUGUCCAGAGCAGCAAGGCUAGGAGAGAGUACGAGCCGCAUACGCUUAGAUGGACGAUAGGAUCACGCCAGACCGGUGACGCUGUGGUUUACAGCAAUGCUCAACCAAUUCAAUGGUUUGAUAAUUUUUCUAAUCUUAAGUUAAUUGUGACAUACCCAAAGACAGGCUCGGGCAAAAUAGUUACCUAUGUGUCGAUCGAACUCCAGCAGUCAAAUCGUCUUUUUCAUGCAUACGUAUUCGAUGGUGGAAUUGGAGAACGGAACAUCGAACUCUACGUACAAGCCUAUCACACCCGUUUAUUUAGCUGGGACAUUAAAAUCUACGGCAAAGAUUAAUUAUAAAACAAACAAGUAACAAAGUAACAAAAUGAAGUUAAUAGUAGCUCAUAUCAAACAGACAUUGUAAAUUCAAACGAGCGGGCUGCUCUUAUCUCUGGCAACGCCCGAUUAAUUUAUCGAGCUGAAAGGUUACCGAUAA